UAAACCAUAAUAUUUUCCUUAAAAAAGAGAAUGACUUAGAGCCUCUCUCGUCUGGGUCUCGGUCUCGAUUCUCAACCCAAUGAAUUUCCAAAACUGAAUUCAGUAGCCUUCUCGAAUCUAAUAAGCUAGUGACGAUUGCACGAUCUCCCAGGAGGGGCGAGGACCAUGUCGUCGCCGGAUAUUGCCGGAAUACUGGACAACUCGAAGGAGCUCGAUCGGUUGAGGAAAGAGCAGGAAGAGGUGCUCAUCGAGAUCAACAAGAUGCACAAGAAGCUACAAGCUACUCCAGAGGUGGUUGAAAAGCCAGGUGAUAAUUCACUAUCACGGCUCAAGAUGUUAUAUAUUCAAGCAAAAGAGCUAUCUGAGAGUGAAGUGACGAUUUCCAGUCAAUUGUUAGGACAACUGGAUGCAUUAAUGCCUUCUGGAGCGCAAGGACAACAUAGAAGAAGGAUAGAAGGCAGUGAGCAUAAGAAAAAGAGAAUGAAGGCUGAUUCAGAAAUCCCGAGACAGUCUCCUUCCAUGCGAAGCCACCUAGAGUCUCUAGCAAAUUUAAAGGGUGAACAAGUGGCAGCAAGGGUCACUCAAGAGGAUGCAGGAAAGGAUGAAUGGUUCGUUGUUAAAGUAAUCCAUUUUGACAAGGAAACAAGAGAAUUUGAGGUCCUGGACGAGGAACCAGGUGAUGAUGAAGAGAGCACUGGACAGAGAAAAUACAAGUUGCCUAUGUCACAUAUUAUACCUUUUCCUAAGCGCAACGAUCUCUCCAGUGUCCCUGACUUUCCUCCUGGAAGACAUGUUUUGGCAGUUUAUCCAGAAACCACUGCACUAUAUAAAGCAACUGUUGUCCAGGCUCGUAAGAGGAAGAUUGAUGACUACAUUUUGGAAUUUGAUGAUGAUGAGGAGGAUGGAUCUUUGCCUCAACGAUCGGUACCCUUCCACAGGGUUGUUCCUCUCCCCGAAGGAUAUCGACAGUGAUUAUAUUCUGUUUAUAGCUGUAAAAAGUUGUGAGGGGCUUAUGCCUAAUGUAUUUACUUUAACCUUAUAAUGACAAGAAAAAGAACCAGUGUGUAUCCACUUUAAUCCAGAGCAGCAUUAGUUCAUCACCA